CCCCCGAGGAAAGUUACUGUACUGAGAUGGAGUUCCCAGGGCUGAAGUAGAAAAGUCAGAGCAAAAGGCCAUGCCUGUGUCUUCCUCCUGCCUCGGGGCCUAACAACUUCCUUUCAGAUCUGUGGCGAGUAUCUCUAAAAGCCACGCUGCCCGCCAACACUCCUUCAACCGCUCAGUUCCACAGAGGCCCCCGGAAAGGCCGGUUUGUCUGCCCUGUGUUCUUUAAAUGGCGUAGACGACCCUGGAACGCCCCGCCCCCUCCCGCCAAGGAAGAACACCAUUGGCUCUCUCCAGAGGUUUCCCUUUCAUUGGUCAGCGGGUGAAUGUCGACCUGCAGAUUCGGUCCUAAGUUUCUUUUGGUUUCCGGUGUCUUUGCGAUGGCGGCUCUGGACUCCCUGUCGCUCUUCACUGGCCUCGGCCUGAGCGAGCAGAAGGCCCGCGAGACGCUCAAGAACCAGACUCUGAGCGCGCAGUUGCGCGAGGCCGCUACCCAGGCUCAGCAGACCCUGGGCUCCACCAUUGACAAGGCUACCGGGACCCUGUUAUAUGGCUUAGCCUCCCGACUCAGGGAUACUCGGCGUCUCUCCUUCCUUGUAAGCUACAUAGCCAGUAAGAAGAUCCACACUGAGCCCCAGCUGAGCGCUGCUCUUGAGUAUGUGCGGAGUCACCCCUUGGACCCCAUUGACACUGCGGACUUUGAGCAGGAAUGUGGCGUGGGUGUCACUGUGACCCCAGAGCAGAUUGAGGAGGCUGUGGAGGCUGCCAUUAACAAGCACCGGCCCCAGCUCCUGGUGGAACGUUACCGUUUCAACAUGGGGCUGCUGAUGGGAGAGGCUCGGGCUGUGCUCAAGUGGGCAGAUGGCAAAAUGAUCAAGAACGAAGUGGACAUGCAGGUCCUCCACCUUCUGGGCCCCAAGAUGGAGGCUGAUCUGGAGAAGAAGCCCAAGGUGGCCAAAGUGCGGCUGGAGGAAACAGACCGGAGGACAGCAAAAUAUGUGAUAGAGAAUGGUGAGACUGCUGACCAGACCUUGUCUCUGAUGGAGCAGCUCCGGGGAGAGGCCCUUAAGUUCCACAAGCCUGGUGAAAACUACAAGACCCCAGGCUAUGUGAUGACUCCACACACCAUGAAUCUACUAAAGCAGCACCUGGAAAUUACUGGUGGGCAGGUACGUACCCGGUUCCCGCCAGAACCCAAUGGAAUCCUGCAUAUUGGACAUGCCAAAGCCAUCAAUUUCAACUUUGGUUAUGCCAAGGUAAGCAUGUAUCUAGGGAUCUGGCAAGCAAGACCUGAGAAGGAGGAAGCAAAGUUCUUCACUGCCAUUUGUGACAUGGUGGCCUGGCUGGGUUACACACCUUACAGAGUGACAUAUGCCUCUGACUAUUUUGACCAGCUAUAUGCCUGGGCUGUGGAGCUCAUCCGCAGGGGUCUGGCUUAUGUGUGUCACCAGCGAGGGGAGGAGCUCAAAGGCCAUAAUCCUCUGCCCUCACCCUGGAGAGACCGUCCCAUGGAGGAGUCACUGCUGCUCUUUGAGGCAAUGCGCAAGGGCAAGUUUUCAGAGGGUGAGGCCACACUACGGAUGAAGCUGGUGAUGGAGGAUGGCAAGAUGGACCCUGUAGCCUAUCGAGUCAAGUAUACACCACACCACCGCACAGGGGACAAAUGGUGCAUCUAUCCCACCUACGACUACACACACUGCCUCUGUGACUCCAUCGAGCACAUCACUCACUCACUCUGCACCAAGGAAUUCCAGGCCCGACGCUCUUCCUACUUCUGGCUUUGCAAUGCACUGGACGUCUACUGCCCUGUUCAGUGGGAGUAUGGCCGCCUCAACCUACACUACGCUGUUGUCUCUAAGAGGAAGAUCCUUCAGCUUGUAGCAACUGGUGCUGUGCGGGACUGGGAUGACCCACGGCUCUUUACACUCACGGCCCUGCGACGGCGGGGUUUCCCACCUGAGGGCAUUAACAACUUCUGUGCCCGGGUGGGAGUGACAGUGGCACAGACCACAAUGGAGCCACAUCUUCUGGAAGCUUGUGUGCGUGAUGUGCUGAAUGACACAGCCCCACGAGCUAUGGCUGUGCUGGAGUCACUACGGGUCAUCAUCACCAACUUUCCUGCUGCCAAGUCCUUGGACAUCCAGGUGCCCAACUUCCCAGCUGAUGAGACCAAAGGCUUCCAUCAGGUUCCUUUCGCACCCAUUGUGUUCAUUGAGAGGACUGACUUCAAGGAGGAGCCAGAGCCAGGCUUUAAGCGCCUGGCUUGGGGCCAGCCUGUGGGCCUGAGGCAUACAGGCUACGUCAUUGAGCUGCAGCGUGUUGUCAAGGGCCCCAGUGGUUGUGUAGAAAGUCUGGAGGUGACCUGCAGAAGGGCAGAUGCUGGAGAGAAGCCAAAGGCCUUUAUUCACUGGGUGUCACAGCCUUUGACGUGCGAGGUUCGCCUCUAUGAGCGACUAUUCCAGCACAAGAACCCUGAAGAUCCUACUGAGGUGCCUGGUGGAUUCUUAAGUGACCUGAACCCAGCAUCACUACGCGUGGUGGAGGCAGCAUUAGUGGACUGCUCUGUGGCCCUGGCAAAACCCUUCAACAAGUUCCAGUUUGAGCGUCUUGGGUACUUCUCUGUGGAUCCAGACAGCCAUCAGGGAAAGCUUGUUUUUAACCGAACUGUGACACUGAAGGAAGACCCGGGAAAGGUGUGAGCUAGCAACACUGUGAACCUACCUCGUCCUCCUGGAGGUUGGGGCUACCCUCACCACCCCAAAUUCCAUGUUAAUAAAGAACAGCUAAAUUAUGCUGGA